AUGAUUGGAAACAACAAAUAUAUUUGGAUAUCAUUAUUUCUAAUUUCAAUAUUAUUUGUUGAACGAAUAACGGUUACUGAAGUGGACGAUGAUUUACCAGUACCAUCAUCUUCUUUAUAUGGUCCAAAUGAUCAUAUAACUAUAUUAAAUAGUGAUAAUUUUGAUAAGAAAGUAUACAAUAAGAAUCAAGUCUUUUUCAUCGAAUUUUUCUCGAGUUGGUGUGGUGCUUGUAUUGGAUACGCUGAAACUUACAAACAACUUGCAAAACAAUUGCUACAAUGGAAGCCAAUUGUUCAAAUUGCAGCUGUAGAUUGUGCUGACAAUAAUAAUUUAAAAUUAUGUCGAGAGCAUAAUGUUGAUGCAUUUCCAACUAUUAAAUAUUUCAAAUAUAUGUCAACAAAUGCAAAUGAUGCUGUAGCAUAUAAAGGAAAUAAACAUAAUUUAAAUGAGGUAGCAUUGGAUAUUGCUCAAUUGGUAUAUAAUGAUUGGAUAUAUCGAAGACCUACAGAAUGGCCUAAUUUUCAAACUAGUGAUAAUUAUGUGAGGCUUGAAGAUAUUUUACCUAUAAUACCACCUAGUACCUCAUUGUUAGCUCUGAUUGUUGAAGAUAAUCCCUCAAGGACAGCUUGGGCAGAAAUGAUAGCAUUUGCUAGUGAUAAACGAAUUUAUGUUGCGCAAAUUCAACGUAAUAAUCCAAUAGCAAUGCAAUUUGGUAUUACAGCACCAUUAGGAAAGGAACAUGAUACUUGGCUUCAAAUGCAAGAUAAAAUUAAUGAACAUUUGGCACAAAUUCCUGCCAUAAAUAUACCUGUUCCAUAUCAGCCACAUCAACCACAUCAGAAUGAAGUAUUACGUGAUACAAAGACACAAGAUGAUGUGAAACCAUUGGUUACAUGGAAUCAAUUUGAAGUACAAAUGAUGGAUAUUAUAACUGCACUUCGUUAUAUGUUAAUGGCUGAAAUACCAAGGAAAUCUGUAAUUAAAGAUGAAAAACUUACAGCACUGAAAUUAUGGGUUCAUGCGAUGAAAAAGUAUAUGCCGGGAACAAUUCCUAUAAGAAAAUUGCUAUACAGAUUGGAUCAUUGGCUUAAAAAUGUAUCAACUGAAGUCAUUUCUGAACAAUGGACAAAUCAAGUAAAAGUAAUUCAGGAUCAAUUAGGUCAGCCACUACCAAGUACAACCAAUUAUAUGGCUUGUCGUGGAUCAAAACCUCAUUUUCGAGGAUUUUCUUGUGGUAUAUGGACAAUAAUACAUGCAAUGAGUGUUCAAGCAUAUAAACUUGAGCAAAAUAAUCCGAAUUUUAAUGCUAACAAUGAUCUGAUCGAACCAUUUCAUCAAUUUAUAUGGCAUUUCUUUGGUUGCACCGAAUGUGCAACUCAUUUUCAUGAAGGAAUUUUAAGGCGAAAUAUGAGUGCUGUUGUCACGCCAGCGGAUGGUGUAAUGUGGUUAUGGAUGACACAUAAUAUUGUCAACAAAUAUAUCGCCAGUAAAGCAUCAGAAGAUCCAGUUUUUCCAAAACAACAAUUUCCUCCUGUUUCUUUAUGUCCAGAAUGUAGAAAACAAGAUGGAGAAUUUGAUAGAGAAGCUAUAUUGAAUUUCUUGAUCAGUUAUUAUAGUAAUUUGAAGACUGAUGGUCUUCGAUCUGCACCUGCUAUAAAAGUGAGUGAUUUUGAAGAUGGUAAAUUGGUAGCUGUUGAAACGAAACAUUUAAGUCCAAAAUUGCAAAUAGGUGCAUUUGAUGUUGAUGCUAUAGAAGAAGCAGAUCAAAAAGUUAGUAAUGAAUUUGGUGACAUACCUGGAUGGGGAUUUGUUGACAGUGAUGCUUAUGGUACCCAUGGUCUUCGAGUUCAUCGCAACUAG